GGAUUAAUUUAUUAAUUCAACCGGUAUUUACUAAAUAAAAUCCAUAUAUCCUUCAAAAAUAAUUUUUACUAAUACUUUCUAUCACUAUCAGAAUCUGAAAUCUCAGAUUUCAUGCUUUAAAAAUAAUUCAUUUAACAUGAAUUAUAAAUUAUCAUUAUAUGAGUUGGAUAAUUAAAUAAAAUAACAAGAUAUUUAAGGGGAGAAAAUCUUAUAUGUGGCAAGAUAAGUGGUGCUCCAUUCAAUAUAUUAAUUGCAACCAAUAAAUUGGUUAACUGUGUCUCAGUGGUACCAUUCUUUCUUAUUGUUGGAGAGUAAUCACAGUAGCUGCAUGCUGUGGUGGGAUCCAUUUUAUAUACACGUCUCUUUACUUCACCAUGUCUGAGUAGAGACAGCCUAAGUCACCCUUUGGUCACAGAAUAAAAUAUUUUAUAUCAGUGCUUCUUGUUUCCCCCAAAAUUAGCUGGUCAAGGAAUAAGAUAUCUGGGAUACAAAAGGUGAGUGUGGUAACAGGCAAACUCAUUAUAAAAUAUAGAUUACAUCUAUCUCACUAAAUAAGUUCAGCUUAAAACCUUUAUCUUCACAAAAUUCUGUGACUGUGACUCACUUUUGUCUUGACAUUAUCCAUAUAAUAGUCAUGUAGAAUAAUCAAGUCCUGUCACCCUCUGAGCUUCAGUUUCAGUUUCCUUAUCUUUUAUUUCCUUUUUAGUUAUAAGAAUCUGUGAUUCUAAUACUAUUUGCCUUACUCCUAGGUUCAGUGUAGGUUCACACCGUAAAUUACUUGAUACAAAAUAAGAUACCUGUUUAUUCACCUGUAUUACUAUUUGCACGUUAAAGUAGGAAAAUAGAACCUAUCAUUUCAAAGUAGUCCCCCUUUAGACCAUGUAUAGAGAACAUCUUAAACUUUUGCAUCAUCACAAAGUUCUCACAUUCUUAAAAAGAAUAUAUGUAACUAUUAUGAAUUGAAUUGGAAGUGUAUAAAAAUUUGUCUCCUGUGGUUGGAUUAUGUAAAGAAAUGGAGUUCUUUGAAGUUUCACUGAUAAGGGUGUGGGGAGACUGAGAUAUCUUCUUGAUUUGUGCUCAUGAUUAUUCUGGUUCAUGCACUGUAAUGAAAUAACCUUUUAAAUUAUGCAGUUUAAUGUAAUAACAAAGUUUGUAAAAAUUCUGUACAGUUAAAAAUGGCUUUCAUUUGAAAACUUCCCAAAUACGCUGUCUUGAAGUUGUUAAUUUCUCAGUCAAGACGCAGGGUGGCGCUGCAGGCUAAGUUGUGAAUAAAGAGUCCUAAAACGCUCGCUUAUUCUUUUGUGUCGCUUAGACGCAAUAAAAAACACACGGAAGAAGCGUUGCAAGCAGUGCAGGUUUAUCAACGGCUUGGGGCAGCGAUAUACUAAACAAAUUUAAUAUUAAAAGCAACUGUGUGAUAAUUCCUCCAAGCAAGAUUUUAGAAUUGAAUGUCUAAAGUCUUGUUGUGGUUGCUGAAGGGAUUGGAUAUAAGGACCUGGACUCCAACAUGAAGAAGCUAGGGAGAAUUCAUCCAAACAGGCAAGUGUUGGCGUUUAUUUUGAUGGUGUUCUUGUCUCAGGUUCACCUUGAGCCUAUUCGUUAUUCUGUGUUGGAGGAAACAGAGAGCGGCUCCUUUGUAGCUCAUCUGACCAAGGAUCUGGGCCUGGGAAUUGCAGAACUGGCCGCCCGGUCAGCCGGGGUGGUGUCUGACGAUGACAAGCAGCGUUUGCAGCUGGAUCGUCAGACUGGAGAUUUGUUUCUGAGGGAGAAACUAGACCGGGAAGAGCUCUGUGGUCCUAUUGAACCGUGUAUACUGCAUUUCCAAGUGUUCCUGGAAAUGCCCGUGCAAUUUUUUCAAGGAGAAUUAUUGAUCCAGGACAUAAAUGAUCACUCUCCAGUAUUCCCUGAAAGGGAAGUGCUCUUGAAAAUACCAGAAAAUAGUCAGCCGGGGACUCUAUUUCCGUUGCUAAUAGCUGAGGAUUUGGAUGUGGGCAGCAAUGGUCUCCAAAAAUACACAAUCAGCCCCAAUUCUCAUUUUCACAUUCUCACUCGAAAUCAUAGUGAGAGCAAGAAAUACCCAGAUUUGGUGCAGGACAAACCACUGGAUCGAGAGGAGCAAUCUGAGUUCAGCUUAACCCUCGUGGCGCUGGAUGGUGGGUCUCCACCUAGGUCUGGCACUGUCAUGGUUCGAAUCCUGAUCAUGGACAUCAAUGACAAUGCUCCUGAGUUUGUGCACACUCCAUAUGGGGUGCAGGUCCUGGAAAACAGCCCCCUAGACUCUCCAAUUGUUAGGGUCUUAGCUAGAGAUGUAGAUGCUGGAAACUUUGGGAGUGUUUCUUAUGGCUUAUUCCAAGCAUCAGAUGAAAUUAAACAAACUUUCUCAAUAAAUGAAGUCACGGGAGAAAUACUACUGAAAAAAAAAUUGGAUUUCGAAAAAAUUAAAUCUUACCAUGUAGAAAUUGAGGCCACAGAUGGAGGAGGCCUUUCUGGGAAAGGCACUGUAGUCAUAGAAGUGGUGGAUGUGAAUGACAAUCCCCCAGAACUUAUCAUAUCUUCACUCACCAGCUCCAUCCCAGAAAAUGCUCCUGAGACGGUAGUCUCUAUCUUCCGAAUUCGAGAUAGAGAUUCCGGAGAAAAUGGAAAGACGAUUUGCUCUAUUCCAGAUAAUCUACCGUUUGUUCUAAAACCAACUUUGAAGAAUUUUUACACCCUGGUAACAGAGAGACCACUGGACAGAGAGACCAGAGCUGAGUACAACAUCACCAUCACCGUCACUGAUUUGGGGACACCCAGGCUGAAAACCCAGCAGAGCAUAACCGUGCAGGUCUCCGACGUCAAUGACAACGCCCCCACCUUCACUCAAACCUCCUACACCCUGUUCGUCCGUGAGAACAACAGCCCCGCCCUGCACAUCGGCAGUGUCAGCGCCACAGACCGAGACUCAGGUACCAACGCCCAAGUCACAUACUUGCUGCUGCCGCCCCAGGACCCGCACCUGCCCCUCGCCUCCUUGGUCUCCAUCAACGCGGACAACGGCCACCUGUUUGCCCUCAGGUCGCUGGACUACGAGGCCCUGCAGGCGUUCGAGUUCGGCGUGGGCGCUGCAGACCGCGGCUCCCCGGAGCUGAGCAGCGAGGCGCUGGUGCGCGUGCUGGUGCUGGACGCCAACGACAACUCGCCCUUCGUGUUGCACCCGCUGCAGAAUGGCUCCGCGCCCUGCACCGAGCUGGUGCCCCGGGCGGCCGAGCCGGGCUACCUGGUGACCAAGGUGGUGGCGGUGGACGGCGACUCGGGCCAGAACGCCUGGCUGUCGUACCAGCUGCUCAAGGCCAGCGAGCCUGGGCUGUUCGGCGUGUGGGCGCACAAUGGCGAGGUGCGCACCUCCAGGCUGCUGAGCGAGCGCGACGCGGCCAAGCACAGGCUGGUGGUGCUGGUCAAGGACAAUGGCGAGCCUCCGCGCUCGGCCACUGCCACGCUGCACGUGCUCCUGGUGGAUGGCUUCUCCCAGCCCUACCUGCCGCUCCCGGAGGCGGCCCCGGCCCAGGCCCAGAACGACUCGCUCACCAUCUACCUGGUGGUGGCGUUGGCCUCGGUGUCGUCGCUCUUCCUUUUGUCGGUGCUCCUGUUCGUGGCGGUGCGGCUGUGCAGUAGGAGCAGGGCGGCCUCUGUGGGUCACUGCUCGGUGCCCGAGGGCGCCUUUCCAGGGCAUCAGGUGGGCGUGAGCGGCACCGAGACCCUGUCCCAGAGCUACCAGUACGAGGUGUGUCUGACAGGAGACUCUGGGACUGGUGAGUUCAAGUUCCUGAAGCCAAUAUUUCCUAAUCUCUUGGUCCAGGACACCGGGAGGGAAGUUAAGGAAAACCCCAACUUCAGGAAUAGCUUUGUAUUCAGAACAAUGGAGACUGCGCUAGCAAAAACGCCACAGAAAAGGCAAGUUAUGUUUCUUGCUAUACUGUUGCUUUUGUGGGAGGCUGGCUCUGAGGCAGUUAGGUAUUCCAUACCAGAAGAAACAGAAAGUGGCUAUUCUGUGGCCAACCUGGCAAAAGACCUUGGUCUUAGGGUGGGGGAACUGGCCACUCGGAGCGCGCGAAUCCAUUACAAAGGAGACAAAGAGCUCUUGCAGCUUGAUAUAAAGACCGGCAAUUUGCUUCUAUAUGAAAAACUAGACAGGGAGGUGAUGUGCGGGACGACAGAACCCUGUAUAUUGCAUUUCCAACUCUUACUAGAAAACCCAGUGCAGUUUUUUCAAACUGAUCUGCAGCUCACAGAUAUUAAUGACCAUUCUCCAGAGUUCCCAGAGAGGGAAAUGCUCCUAAAAAUCCCAGAAAGCACCCAGCCAGGGACUGUGUUUCCUUUAAAAAUAGCCCAGGACUUUGACAUAGGUAGCAACACUGUUCAGAACUACACAAUCAGCACAAAUUCCCACUUUCAUGUUGCUACUCAUAAUCGCGGAGAUGGCAGAAAAUACCCAGAGCUGGUGCUGGACAAAGCUCUGGACCGGGAGGAGCGGCCUGAGCUCAGCUUAACACUCACUGCACUGGAUGGUGGUGCUUCGCCCAGGUCUGGGACCACCACAGUUCGCAUUGUCGUCUUGGACAAUAAUGACAACCCCCCUGAAUUUUUGCAAUCACUCUAUGAGGUACAGGUGCCCGAGAACAGCCCCCUUAACUCCUUAGUUGUCGCUGUCUCCGCCCGAGAUUUAGAUGCAGGAGCGUACGGAAGUGUAGCCUACGCUCUAUUCCAAGGCGAUGAAGUUACUCAACCAUUUGCAAUAGACGAAAAAACAGGAGAAAUUCGCCUGAAAAGGGCAUUGGAUUUCGAGGCAACUCCAUAUUAUAACGUGGAAAUUGUAGCCACAGAUGGUGGGGGCCUUUCAGGAAAAUGCACUGUGGCUAUAGAAGUGGUGGAUGUGAAUGACAACGCCCCUGAACUCACCAUGUCGACGCUCUCCAGCCCUACCCCAGAAAAUGCCCCAGAAACUAUAGUUGCUGUUUUCAGUGUUUCUGAUCCAGACUCCGGGGACAACGGUAGGAUGAUUUGUUCCAUUCAGAAUGAUCUCCCCUUUCUUUUGAAGCCCACAUUAAAAAACUUUUACACCCUAGUGACACAGAGAACACUGGACAGAGAAAGCCAAGCCGAGUACAACAUCACUAUCACCGUCACCGACUUGGGGACACCCAGGCUGAAAACCGAGCACAACAUAACCUUGCUGGUUUCCGACGUCAAUGACAACGCCCCCGCCUUCACCCAAACCUCCUACACCCUCUUCGUCCGUGAGAACAACAGCCCCGCCCUGCACAUCGGCAGUGUCAGCGCCACAGACAGAGAUUCAGGUACCAACGCCCUGGUCACCUACUCGCUACUGCCGCCCCCGGACCCUCACCUGCCCCUCGUCUCCCUGGUCUCCAUCAACGCAGACAACGGCCACCUGUUCGCCCUCAGGUCGCUGGACUAUGAGGCCCUGCAGGCCUUCGAGUUCCGCGUGGGCGCCACAGACCGCGGCUCCCCGAAGCUGAGCAGCGAGGCGCUGGUGCGCGUGCUGGUGUUGGACGCCAACGACAACUCGCCCUUCGUGCUGUACCCGCUGCAAAACGGCUCCGCGCCCUGCACCGAGCUGGUGCCCCGGGCGGCCGAGCCGGGCUACCUGGUGACCAAGGUGGUGGCGGUGGACGGCGACUCGGGCCAGAACGCCUGGCUGUCGUACCAGCUGCUCAAGGCCACGGAGCCCGGGCUGUUCGGUGUGUGGGCGCACAAUGGCGAGGUGCACACUGCCAGGCUGCUGAACGAGCGCGACGCGGCCAAGCACAGGCUGGUGGUGCUGGUCAAGGACAAUGGCGAGCCUCCGCGCUCGGCCACUGCCACGCUGCACGUGCUCCUGGUGGAUGGCUUCUCCCAGCCCUACCUGCCGCUCCCGGAGGCGGCCCCGGCCCAGGCCGAGGCCGACUGGCUCACCGUCUACCUGGUGGUGGCAUUGGCCUCGGUGUCGUCGCUCUUCCUUUUGUCGGUGCUCCUGUUCGUGGCGGUGCGGCUGUGCAGGAGGAGCAGGGAGGCCUUAGUGGGUCGCUGCUCGGUGCCCGAGGGCCCCUUUCCAGGGCAUCUGGUGGACGUAAGCGGCACCGGGACCCUGUCCCAGAGCUACCAGUACGAGGUGUGUCUGACCGGAGACUCAGGGACCGGCGAGUUCAAGUUCCUGAAGCCUAUUAUUCCUAAGCUUUUGCCCCAGGGCACUGGUGAAGAAAUAGGGAAAACUGCCGCCUUCCGGAAUAACUUUGGAUUAAAUUAGAGAUCUCGUUAUGACACAUUGUUUUCUGCCAUUUAUCCCAAACUUUUUCAGAUCUAGAAUUCGAGAGUGUCAUGGACAAAAAUUUCACCUUGAGAUUUAGCUUUUAUUUCCCUUUUUAAUGGAUUUGUCUGCUGAACUUUAUUCUGUCCAAGUAUUGAAAACUCAAUUUUAUUUCAUUGCAUUUAUUUACAUAGGGUCAUUCCAAAUCCAUGCAUGCUGUUGAUUUUCCUGAGAUAUUUUUCUCUUCUUGUUGGUACUUGUUGUGAUAAACCAUCUUAAUAAAAUCAAAUAUUAAUUUUA